AUGAGUCAAGAACAACCAAGAAGGCCUCAGGCGGCGGAGCAAGAACCUGUCAAAUAUGGGGAUGUUUUUCAAGUUUCCGGCGAGCUAGCAAGCAAGCCAGUUGCGCCUGAAGAUGCUGCCAUGAUGCAGUUCGCUGAAACUACCGUCCUCGGUCAGACCCAGAAGGGUGGUGCGGCCGCCGUCAUGCAGUCUGCUGCCACCCGAAAUGAAAGGGCUGGUAUUGUUGGCCCCCGCGAUGUCACCGAGAUAGCCGAAAAAGAAGGCGUCUCUGUUACAGAAACUGAUCUUCCUGGAACUCGUAUAAUCACCGAAUCAGUUACUGGACAGGUUGUAGGACAGUAUGUUCAGUCUACACCGGUAGUACAAAUGACAGCAUCAAGAGAAGUCCAGUCCGCCAUAACCAUAGGAGAAGCCCUCGAAGCCUCAGCACAAACUGCGAGGGAUAAACCGGUGGAUCAUAGCGACGCCGCUGCAAUACAGGAGGCAGAAUGUAGAGCAACGGGUUCUAACAUCAUAACUCCGGGAGGCCUCGCCGCCAAUGCCCAAUCUGCCGCAGCUUACAAUGAUGGAUUGAUUGGGGAUCAAGGCAAAAUCAAACUCAAAGAUGUUUUAACAGGAGCAAAGCAAAACCUGCCGGCGGAUAAGGUUGCAACGAGGGAAGACGCAGAAGGGAUUUUGAUUGCAGAGCUUCGGAAUGAUCCUAAUUUGACUGCGCAUCCUGGUGGAGUUGCGGCGUCGGUAGCGGCUGCCGCAAGGAUCAACGAAAGUGCAGUCCUGUGUUUAUCUCUUGCAAAAGUUCGGUACUGUAUGGAUAUAAAUAAAGUUAUCUCUAUGGAAAAAAAUUUCCUGACAUCUAAGAGAAUGAAUCAAUGGGUGCCUGUUCUUGUGAUUAUUAUCUUCAUUUCGUGUAUCCCCAAACAUUCACAUGCUUCUUUUCUUGGUUUUGUCCGUAAAAUAGCUGUGCCUGACAAUCCAAAGCCAAAACCAAUUCUGAUUUCUCCAUCUCCAAGCCCGGCUCCUUCGGCCAAUUUGAAGUCUGGGGAUUCCAAGAAUUCCCCGGAGUCAGUUAAGGCAUGCGUGGCGUCGAAUAAUUGCACAAUCAAUGAAUACAACAUUACGGCCUGUGCCCCUUCUGUUGGAAAUGGAUUCCAAGAAUCAUUUUUGCUUGUCCUGAAUGAUGGUGAGAGCUCUCUCAAUUUAAAUAUCACUGUUCAUCCUGCAAAUGAAACCCUGGAGAACAUUGUUGUAGCUGCACACGAAGUCAAGAAGGUGAAUAUAAAAUCAAAGAUGGAGGGAAGUUCUUCAAUUUCAGUAAAUGCUGGAGAUGGGGUUUGCACAAUACAGUUAGGAACUUCAGUACCACAAGCUCCUUAUACCACAUAUUUGACACCAGUCAACGGGACAUAUAUACUCUUUGUGACAGUUUUGUUUAUCGGAGGUACGUGGGCCUGCUGCAAGUUGAUAAAAAGGGAACGACAUCUUAAUGGAGUUCCAUAUCAGGAACUUGAAAUGGGGCAUCAAGAAUCUGGUUUUUCUUCAAACGUGGAGACAGCAGAGGGUUGGGAUGAAAGUUGGGACGAUGAAUGGGACGAAGAGAAGGCAGUGCAAGUCACCAGAAGAUAA